ACUGAAUGUAUCUUUCAACAUGGAAUUAAGGAGGAUAAUGUUUUGUUGUUUUUUUAUUUUAUAGAACAUUAUAAACACCACUGGUUCCCAGAAAAGCCAUGCAAGGGAUCAGGUUACCGAUGUAUCCGGAUCAACCAUAAAAUGGAUCCUCUCAUUGGACAGGCAGCACAGCGGAUUGGAUUGAGCAGUCAGGAACUGUUUCAGCUUCUUCCGAGCGAACUCACUCUCUGGGUUGACCCGUACGAAGUGUCCUAUCGCAUUGGAGAGGAUGGCUCCAUCUGUGUGCUGUAUGAAGCUGCACCAGCAGGAGGUAGCCAAAGUAACACCAACAUGCAAAUGGUAGACAGCAGAAUAAGCUGUAAGGAGGAACUUCUCUUGGGCAGAACUAGCCCUUCCAAAAGCUACAAUAUGAUGACUGUAUCAGGUUAAGAUAUAGUCUGUGGAUGGAUCACCUUAAAAUGGAUGGAUAAAUUUGGUUUUUACUUUGGGUGGGCACCUCUGGGGAUGGAUUACGGAAUUUAAACCAUGUCACAGCUGUGAAGAUCUGGCACACGUUAGAGUGGUAUACUUUAAAGUGACAGUGCCAUAGUUUGGACAGUACCUUUCAGUGAUUUAAUAGCCUGUGAGUCAAAAUGAUUGCAGCUUGCUAGGGAGUAAGAAGAUCUAGGAAGUGUCAGUUUUUCCAAGACAUCUGACUUAAUUUCUACACCAAUUUUCAACCCCGAUCUGUAUUUAUAAAGUGAUUCUCUGCAGUAGGUCUUGCAGAGUAAAUUUGCACUAUUACAUUUAUUAAUUGUUAGCAUUUUUGGCAGCUCAGUAACAAGACUUAUGAACACCAUAGUACUGGAAAUUUUAAUUUUCAGACUUUUACCUAGCACUUACAAAUAUGUAUAAAUGUACAUAAGAUAAAAUAGUAAGAAUGACCUGGGGAAAUGGUCAGAUCUUUACAUUGGCCUCAAAAGUAGCAAGUGAUCAGAAUCUGCCAUGGCAACAGGCUUUAAAAAGACCAUAUAAAGACACUGUCUGAACUGUGGUGUUAGCACCAGCCAGCUAUCUGUACAUUUGCUAGCUUGUAGUUUUCUAAGACUGAGUAAACUUCUUAUUUUUAGAAAGUGGAGGUCUGGUUUGUAAUUUCCUUGUUCUUAAUUGGGUAAAAGUCUUUUCCACAAACCACCAUCUAUUUUGUGAACUUUGUUAGUCAUCUUUUAUUUGGUAAAUUAUGAACUGGUGUAAAUUUGUACAGUUCAUGUAUAUUGAUUGUGGCAAAGUUGUACAGAUUUCUAUAUUUUGGAUGAGAAAUUUUUCUUCUCUCUAUAAUAAAUUGUUUCCUAUCUUGGCAUUUUAA